GCUUUUAGGGGGGGAGGAGUCGGGUUACGUCGUGCGUCCUGGGAGCCGAAUGGACAGUAGUGGCUCAUUGCGCUCUGCUGCGCCUUGUGCCAGUGUCUGCGCAGCGGGGAUGAGACGCACAAUGCCCGCGGAGAACCGAGCACCUCCUGGAUCAUGUCCCCAACAAUAAACCCAACUAUUAAACCCGCUCCGAUGUCUGCAAGAGGGUCACGCGAGCGAGAGAGGAGGGCGUGAGCGCGCGUGGGUCUGGUGGCUGAAUAUAGACGCGCUUUUGCCGGUGGAGCUGCAGCGGGGGGGACACGGGAAGGAGGGGCCCGCUGCUACUGCUACUCCGUUGUCUUGUAAUAGGAUAAAGAAAAGGGAAAGCGGGUUAUUUUUACGCACGAGGAAGGAGGAGGAAGAAGAAGGAGCGCGUUUGGAGGCGCCAUCAUGGGGACUUCGCCUGAUGAGAGCUCUGUGCGCGUGGCCCUGAGGAUCCGCCCUCAGCUCGCCAAAGAGAAGAUCGAAGGUUGUCACAUCUGCACGUACGUGAUGCCCGGCGAGCCCCAGGUGUUUCUGGGUAAAGACAAGGCCUUCACGUACGACCAUGUGUUUGAUAUGGACACGCAGCAGGACUCGAUCUACACGCACUGCACCGAGCGGCUCAUCGAGGGCUGUUUCGAGGGCUACAACGCCACCAUCUUCGCCUACGGACAGACGGGUUCGGGUAAGACGUACACCAUGGGCACGGGGUUCGAUGUCAGUAUCAGCGAGGACGAGCUGGGGAUCAUCCCUCGAGCCGUAAACCACCUGUUCAGAGGCAUCGAGCGGCGGAGACAGGACGCCAGCGAGAACGGCCUCCCCCUGCCGGAGUUCAAGAUCAACGCACAGUUUCUGGAGUUGUACAAUGAGGAAGUUCUGGAUUUGUUUGACACGACUCGGGAUCUGGAGACUCGGAAACAGAAAUCCAACAUAAAAAUUCACGAGGACGCGAACGGCGGCAUCUACACGGUGGGAGUGACCACGCGCACGGUCAACUCCGCCGCCGAGAUGAUCCAGUGUCUGAAGUUGGGCGCUCUGGCCAGGACCACGGCGAGCACUCAGAUGAACGUCCAGAGCUCCAGGUCCCACGCCAUCUUCACCAUCCACGUGUGCCAAGUCCGAGUCUGUUCCCCCGACAACAACGACAACGAGACGGACAACAGAUUAGCAAACAACUCCGAGAUAAACGAGUUUGAGACGCUCACGGCAAAGUUUCAUUUUGUGGAUUUGGCCGGAUCUGAACGACUGAAGAGAACGGGAGCCACAGGAGACAGAGCCAAAGAGGGAAUCUCCAUCAACUGUGGACUGCUCGCUCUGGGGAACGUCAUCAGCGCGUUGGGAGACCGCAGUAAACGCUCCAGCCACGUGCCGUACAGAGACUCCAAGCUCACGCGCCUCCUGCAGGACUCGUUAGGAGGAAACAGUCAAACGGUGAUGAUCGCCUGCAUCAGCCCCUCGGACAGAGACUUCAUGGAGACGCUGAACACGCUGAAAUACGCCAACAGAGCGCGCAACAUCAAGAACAAGGUGGUGGUGAAUCAGGACCGAGCGAGUCAGCAGAUCAGCGCUCUGAGGACGGAGAUCGCACGGCUGCAGAUGGAGCUCAUGGAGUACAAGACGGGAAAGCGCAUGGUCGGGGAGGACGGGCUGGAGGGUCUGAACGACCUCAUCCACGAAAACUCGAUGCUUCAGACGGAAAAUAACAACCUGAGGCUGAGGGUGAAGGCCAUGCAGGAAACGAUCGACUCACAGAGAGCCAGACUCACACAGAUACUCAGCGAACAGGCCAACAGUGUCCUCGCACGAGCAGGUGAAGGAAGUGAAGAAAUCGGAAACAUGAUUCAAAACUACAUCAAAGAAAUAGAAGAACUGAGGGCCAAACUUCUGGAGAGUGAAUCUAUGAACGAAAACCUGAGGAAGAACCUGUCCCGAGCGUCGACGAGGUCCUGCCUCUACGGGACGCCUCUGCUCGCCCCCGAGAAGGAGGCCAACGAGGUCAUCGAGAUGGCCAAGAAAGACCUCGAAAAACUCAAGAAGAUGGAGAAGAAGAAGAAGAAAAGUGUCGUAGUCCCGGACAACGAGCAGGAGCGAGCCAAUGAGGACGCAGAGGACGCCAGCGACCACGACGACAACGAAGACGCCGACGGAGACGAGGAAGAGUUUGAAAUGGCGGGAGAGGAGACGUCCGAGGACUCCGACUCUGAGGAACUGGAUGAGAAAGAGAACGUGCAGGCCGACUUGGCGAACAUCACCUGUGAGAUCGCCAUAAAGCAGAAGCUGAUCGACGAGCUGGAGAACAGCCAGCGGCGUCUGCACACGCUCAAACAGCAGUACGAACAGAAGCUCAUGAUGCUCCAGAACAAGAUCAGAGACACGCAGCUCGAGAGGGACAAAGUGCUGCACAACAUGGGAUCUGUGGAGUCAUGUACGGAGGAGAAAGCCAAGAAAAUCAAGGCCGAGUAUGAGCGUAAACUGAGCUCGAUGAACAAAGAACUACAGAAACUCCAGUCUGCACAGAAAGAACACGCCCGACUGCUCAAAAACCAGUCCCAGUACGAAAAACAACUAAAAAAACUGCAGCAAGACGUCAAUGAGAUGAAGAAGACAAAGGUGGUGUUGAUGCGUCAGAUGAAGGAGCAGCAGGAGAGAAGCAGAGCCUCAGAGACGAGGAGGAACCGAGAGAUCGCGACGCUCAAGAAAGACCAACGCAGAGCUGAGCACCAACUUCGACAGCUAGAGGCGCAAAAGAGACAACAAGAGUUAAUACUGCGAAGAAAAAAUGAAGAGGUGACGGCUCUGAGGCGGCAGGUCAGGCCCAUGUCCGGGAAACUCAGCAGGAAAACUCCGGAGCCACAGGAGCCGUCUCCCAGAGGGUCAAUGGCCAAAACACACGCAACUACAGUCACUCACACCAACGGAGCCAGGAGUUCUCCGGUGAGGACGGGUAAAGUGUACCUGACCCGAACAGCCCGAGCCAAGUGGCAGUCUCUGGAGCGACGCAUCACCGACAUCAUCAUGCAGAAAAUGACCAUCUCCAACAUGGAAACCGACAUGAACAGGUUACUCAAGCAAAGGGAGGAGCUGACGAGACGGCGCGAGCGUGUGCUGAGGAAGAAGGACAAGAUGGCGUCAGACGGAGCGGACGCCGACCGGAGCCUGGCGUCUCUGAGCGAGGAGCUGGAGUCUCUGAGCGCGAACAUCGACUACAUCAACGACAGUAUCGCCGACUGUCAGGCCAACAUCAUGCAGAUGGAGGAGGCCAAGGACGAGGGCGACACUGGAGACGUGACGGCGGUGAUCAGCUCGUGUAGUCUGACGGAGGCUCGCUUCCUCCUCGAUCACUUUAUGACUAUGGCCAUCAACAAGGGUCUUCAAGCGGCUCAGAAGGAGUCCCAGCUCAAAGUGAUGGAGGGUCGACUCAAGCAGACGGAGAUAAACAGCGCCACUCAGAACCAGCUGCUGUUCCACAUGUUGAAGGAGAAAGCCGAGAUCAACCCAGAGCUGGACGCACUUCUCGGGAGCGCUCUGCAAGAAAAUGGAGACGAGAGCAGCAGCGACGAGUCCACGCCGAGUCCAGCCACCGAAGGACACACACUGGCCUCAGAUUUAAUGAAGUUGUGCGGUGAAACUAAACCAAGGAACAAGGCUCGUCGCAGGACCACCACUCAGAUGGAGCUGCUUUAUGCCAGCUCUGGGGACGGGUUUUGUGAGUCAUCCACAGGAGACUUCCCGUCCCCUCUGCUGCCUCUGAGCGAACGUCCGGAGGGGCCCGCGGACGCCCCGGGUCACAUGACGGGUCACGUGACGGGCCACGCCCCCGACAGAGAACAGACUGUGUCCCCGUGUGGAGCGACAAACAGGACUGUGGGAAUCGGCGGGUGCAGGUCUCCCACGGCGACGGAGAAAAGGCCGAUGGAGCGCUCGCCGAUGACCCGCAGGAGGAUUCAGGAGAAAGUGUCCGUAACUCCUCUGUCUGUGACUCACAACACGACGGACAACAGGACAAAAGGGAGCGACCACAGAGCGCCGCCGUUGGACGAGUCUCCUGUAUUUGAAGGACACAGAGGUGUGAUCAACCCUUUCACGACCCAAAAGAAUUCGCGCGGAGCCAAACUGCAGUGUGUGUAUGUGGCCGAGGGACACACCAAACCCGUGCUGUGUGUGGACGCCACCGACGACCUGCUCUUCACCGGGUCCAAAGACCGAACGUGUAAAGUGUGGAACCUGGUGACGGGGCAGGAGAUCAUGUCUUUGGCCGAUCACCCGAGCAGCGUCGUGUCCGUCAAAUACACGUCCAGUCUCGUCUUCACCGUGUCCACCGCCUUCAUCAAAGUUUGGGACAUAAGGGACUCGGCGAAGUGUAUCCGCACGCUGACGUCGUCGGGACAGGUGAGCUCUGGAGACAGCUGUUCCUCGUCUCGGAGUCUGUCCAUUCCUCCAGGAGAGAGUCAAAUCAACCAAAUCUCCCUGAACCCGUCUGGAACCUUCUUAUACGCCGCUGCCGCCAACGCCGUCCGCAUGUGGGACCUACGAAAAUUUGCGUCCACGGGGAAGCUCACGGGGCAUCUGGGGCCGGUCGUGUGUCUCACUGUGGACAAACUGGGGAACGGACAGGACAUCGUGCUCACCGGCUCCAAGGAUCAUCACAUCAAGAUGUUUGAGGUGGCGGAGGGGGCUCAGGGCAGCCUCACCUCUGGACACACACUGGAACCUUCUCACCAGGACUCUGUGGAGGCUCUGAGUGUGAGCGGAGACGUGCUCUACAGCAGCUCCAGAGACCAGUCCAUACACAAGUGGGACGUCAGCCGCAAACGCCUCCUACAGUCGGUGUCCGGUCCCUCAGACUGGGCGGCCGCCCUGGGUCUGGUGCCCGGGGCCUCUGUGCUGCUGAGCGGGUGCAGAGGGGGUCUGCUGCGGCUGUGGCACGCUGACUCACUAGCGCCCCUCGGUGAGCUCCAGGGGCAUGACAGUCCCAUAAACGGUCUGGCCACCAACAGCAGCCAACUGUUCACCGCCUCAGAUGAUCGCACAGUCCGGAUUUGGGAAGCGAAAGGUUCACUGGAGGAGGGUCUGUAUUAACCGUUAUUAAUCGUCAUCGCUCCAAACGUCGUAAAAACCACCUCGACAAAACCAACUCACGGACGUUUCCUCAAGAAAAACAACGGGAUUUGAAGAGUUCUCGCUGAAAACUGCAGUCGCUGAAAUGUUGGGAGUUAUUUCUAUGCAUUGGCUGGACGUCGUUUGAGCCACUGAGAGGAAAUGUCCUUCGUGUUCCUCGUCUUAAACGCGUAAACUCUCUGCUAAUUCAAGUCCUUCCUAGUUCUACUUAAGUGAUUUUAAGCUGUGAACCUGUUUUAAGUCUAUCGCUGUUGGGUUUUUUUGUCUCUGGGAUCAAUAGAUUGCGUUCACGACGUUGCCGAUGCCGAUUUUCGUGGUGGACAAAGGUCCGUUUGACGCCAAAAUCCAUUUCUGUUGAUUUUUGUUAAAGGUUUAAAUAAAAAAACGGCUCAAAACAUGUGAAAUCUGACGGUUUAAAGGCAAAUUGUACCUUAAAAUUUGGACCUGUUCAACUAUAGGUCAUGAAUUACAAGUGAACGCAACCUAUUAACGACUUUAUAUAGAGCUUUUCCACCUUCAAGUCACUCGAAACGCUUUACAUGAAGGAGUCAGUGAUGUGUCGAGAGCGGGAUUUGAACCGGCAACCUUCAGAUCACUGGACAAUCGCUCUACCGACUGAGCCACUGUCUUAAAGUAGAGUUAAUCCUGCCAAACAGAAAGAAGCGUGAAGUUUGGGAUCUGUUUUUUUCUUGCACCUCCUCACAAUCUGCCUCUACUACUACUACUACUACUACUACUACUACUACUACUACUACUACUACUACUACUACUACUACUACUACUACUACUACUACUACUACUACUACUACUACUACUACUACUACUACUACUACUACUAGGCAAGUUUCUUUGUAUAGAACCAUUCGUACGCAGUAAUUCAAAGUGCUUUACAGAAUAAGAAAGAUAGAAAGAAUACUACUACUUUUACCAUUUGUACUACUAUUACUUUUACCAUUUCUACUACUACUACACCUACUACAACACCUACUACUACUACUACUACUACUACUACUACUACUACUACUUUAACCAUUUGUACAACUAUUACUUUUACCAUUUCUACUACUACUACUUUUGCCUUUUCUACUACUACUACUACUUUUCUACUGUUUCUAGCACUACUACUACUACUACUACUACUAUUACUUUUAUUUCUCUAGUAAAGAUUUCGAUAUCUUUUCAAAAUUCUAAUGACUAAAUACUACUCCAUAAGCAGUUCCAGUUAGUCUUGAUUUAAAAUGUCGUCAGAAUACAUUUCUCCACAGUAUUUUAUAGAAGUACUCUAUAGAAGUACUCUAUAGAAGUACUCUACAGAAGUACUCUAUAGAAUUCUGCAGUUGUACAGUUUAUUUCAUGUUAGAACCAACUCUGUUUAAAAGUCUCAAAAUGUGUGAGUUUCUGGGUCAAUAGUGUCAUUUUUGAAGUACUUAUUUAAACUCUACUAACCCAGUCCAGCUCAUGUUACUUGAAUCUUUUGCAGUUGUGUUUUUUUCAGACGUGUCGAGCUCGAGUUGUUGUUUUUUUUUUUUUUUUUUACCUGCUGUAAAACACGAGCUGCACCUGAUCUGAUCCGUCAUGUGUUUGAAACGUUCACGUGUGUUUGGGUCGGACUUUACAAACUUUGUGAGAUUUAGAAAUGUUUUUGUUCCCUCCUCUCAACAUCUCAAGACAUUAUACACAACUACUACUACUACUACAACUACUACUACUACUACUACUACUACUACUACUACUGUACUGAUUAGAGAGUCGUAUCUAGUCCGAGUAAUGUGAAUGUUCUACUGAGCACCUUGAAUUUUCCACAUUUCUAUAGAAUAAAGUGUGUGUAUAUGUGACUGUGCAGUACAUGUAUUUGUACAGUACACGUAUACUGUACACACACGUACUGUACAGUAGUGUUCUUGCUUUUCCGCAGCGUUAACAUGUGACUGUUAAACUGUUGUGUACAAAACUAUUUAUUUCUCUCGUUUAAAGUCGUUUGGUUUGUGUUUUUCUUCAUAUUUUGGUCUGAUUUUCCAUGUUAAAUAUUAAAAGUUUUUGCAGUUUAAAAAUGACCAAUAAAACGCUAUAAGGCUACGAUCAAUCCACGGUUAGCUAGCUAGCUCGCGGUGUCUCAAAGCUUAUGCUAACUUCUAUUAAAAAGCGUAAAAUAUAAAAUAAACAACCUAUUAAAAUUCAAAUUAAUUAAAGAUUGCCAGAUUUUUUUAAAAGUGCUUCAAUUUGUGGUGUUUUAAUAUUUAUUAUGCCUCAAAAUUAGCAUUAGCGUUAGCAUUGACACACAAACAUGUCUCUUUCUAAACACAAAAGCGUCUGGUGAAGUAUUUUAUUUGUGUUUAACAUGUGACACUGACAUUCAUCAUUUUAGACAUUUUAACUCGGCAAAAACCUCAUAGAGAUAAAAACCGGACAGGAAGUAGUGACGCUAACAGGAAGUAGACACGCUAACAGGAAGUAGUGACGCUCACAGUGAGGUUUACGUGCACAAAACCGACAUAAUGUUGAACAUUUGACAAAAACAACACGUUUGUUUGUGAAUACGACCUCCUUUUCCCCCGAUAAACCACAAACCAGGUCAAAACAUCUGCAUUUUCACAGUUAAACCAUCAAAUCUUCAUCAUUUUGACCAUUUCUCCAGCUCAUUAAAGGCAGUUUGAAAUGUUGUGAACCAAACGUAUCUGUACGAAAAGCUGCUUUGUGUAAUGGCCUAUUUAUUAAACGAGUAAAAGGAGGCGGUGUCUGCACUGGAAAGAACGUGUUUCUCCUCAUAUUUAAAUCUGAGUGUUUGUCGUUGGCUUUUCCUGUGACGACGAGCGAGUGAAAUCCCCACUGAGCCCGUUCUUAAAUGACUCGUCUGACCUUUGUGUGGGACUACGACGGUUUUAGGUUUAUUUGAAUUUUUCUUCUGUGUUUUUCUGCUGUUGUUUUUACUGUAAAUCUCCUCGUGUAAAUACAGCUACACCUGUUUUUCAAG